CGUUUAUGCAAAUAAUCACGCAACCCAAUCGGUUGAUCACAUCAUGAAAUCGAAAAAUAAGACAGUUAUUCCUUAAGUAACCCCUACAUAAUUAUCCCACUUUAGACCAGGAAGUAUAAACACGUGACAUGUAGAUAACACAGGUGUGUCAUGUGGUCAGAGUACAUAGAGACUCUACUUGGAGAUUGAUCAAGGACAACCGCCAUCACUAAAGUCAGUCACAAAACGUAACGAUGGAACCCCGUACCAGUGCCCAGGAUGUGAUGCGAUGUGACCUGUGUGAGACCGCUGUGGUACAGAUGCACUGUGAUACAUGUCUUGUCAACCUGUGUAAGGCCUGCGUGGGAGAACACAUUUCAACAGAUGAAUUCAAGGAUCACAAAGUUGUUAAAUUUCAGGACAGGGAAUCCACUCCCCUCUACCCUGGUUGUAAAUUCCAUGACAAAGAACGAUGUAAAAUGUACUGUAAUCAAUGUGACAUUCCUGUCUGCCAUAAGUGUAUUGGAUCUGAUCAACAUCUAGGUCAUAAGGUAUCAGAAAUCUUAAGAGUUGUGGAUGAAAGAAAGAAUGAAUUCAUAAAAGAACAGACUGAAUUAAAUGUGACAAUUUAUCCCACCUACCAGGACAUCGCCUCUAAUAUACAAAACAGAAUGAGUCAGUUAGAAAAGGAAUAUGGAGAUCUCUCAACAGCCAUAACAAAACAUGGAGAGGACUGGCACAGAGAAAUUGACAAACUGGUCAAGAAACUUAAAGCUGAAGUUGAUGAAAUGAAAAACACACAGUUACAAACUCUACAGAAACAUCUGGAUGAAAUAAACAAGACAAUAUUUGAUAUCAAGGAUGAAAUCGAUUCAUUGGAAACUGCAACAGACACCAAUGACUUGUCAAAAAUGUUUAGUGUCAGAUCCAAUGUACACACAUACAGAAAUCUUCCACACAAAAUCAAUCCGUCGUUACUUAAAUUUAUACCAGGAAAAAUCCAAGGAGAAGAACUUAGUAAGCUGUUUGGAGCCAUAUCACUAAGUUCUUCAACAUCAGAUAAACAUGGCUACAGCAUGAAGACAACACAGAAAUCACCAGAAGCUGGAUCCUCUCCUCCAGUCAAACAGCUGCUUGAUAAACCAGAGACUGUCACCACCAUAGACACUGGGUAUAAAUAUUUCCUUUACAAUGUGGCCUGUCUGAGUGAUGAAGAAAUCUGGACAAGUGGAGAUGGCAGCACCAUGAAACUCUACAGCAUCAAUCAGGGAUCAGAACUCAAGUCAAUCACAACCAAGUCAGGGCACUAUCCAUCUAACAUAGCAGUGACAAAAAGUGAAGAUCUAGUUUAUACUGAUUAUGAUAAUAGAACUGUGAACAUUGUGAAGAAUGAGAAGAUAGAGGAGGUGAUCAUACUAAAGAACUGGAAACCUAAAGGUGUGUGUAGUACCUCCUCUGGUGACCUCCUGGUUAUUAUGGACAGUGAUGAUAGGAAACAAACAAAAGUUGUCCGUUACUCUGGCUCCACAGAGAAACAAGCCAUUCAGUUUGAUGACAAAGUUAAACCUCUCUAUUCACCUAGUAUUCGUUAUCCAAGAUACAUUAAUGAGAACAGGAACCUGGAUAUUUGUGUGUCUGACGAGGGAGCUAAUGCAGUAGUGGUGGUCAAUCAGGCCGGGAAACUGAGAUUCAGGUACACUGGACAUACUUUUUCUCCAAAGAAUGAUCCAUUCAGUCCACGAGGAAUCGCCACAGACAGUCAGAGUCAUAUCCUUAUAGUUGAUCGUAACAAUGACUGUGUCCACAUCAUAGACCAGGAUGGACAGUUCCUCCGUUACAUAGAAUGUGGACUGAGUAAACUCUGGGGACUGUGUACAGAUACAAAUGACAAUCUGUUUGUUGCUCAAUAUGGAAAUAGACAAGUGAAGAAAAUCAAAUAUCUGCACUGAAAUGCACUUAUACUUUGUUGUAUUCUAUAUAAAUAUAGAGGUACUAGAUGUAAUCCCGAGCAAGCGUGGGAAAUUGAAUUCAUAGUUGCCACUACCGACAGAAAAUAUAUUGUAAUUUCUACU